CAAGCUUUCAUUGACAAACUAGAGACCUUACGCAACAGGACGCGGCAUGAUGGAGCCCCUGCACAUUAAAACACCGGUGUUAGAAAGUCAUCCCAUGACAAAAAUAGCAGGAUUUCCAGUAUACUUAAAACUUGAGAAUGUACAACCAGUGGCAUCGUUCAAGAUUCGAGGACUUGGAAAUUUAUGUCAAAAGGUUGGACAAAAACUUAACAAUUAGUAUAACGCUUAAUUAAGAAACGCUGUUUUCCCGCUUAAACGUCUGUCGUCACUUUUAUAAAUAUGAUUCACCGAUGAUUGAACACUCGAGUUGGCAUUUCUUUAUUUAAGGGUUAUCUUCCACUCCUGGGACUUGGAACCUGACGAGCAUUUUUCUCCUUAAGAAAUCCAUUCACAAAAAUAACACGUGUCAACAUAUGGACAAUACAGUGACUGUAUCCUUAGCUGGCAAAUGAUCAUGGGGAAGAAUUUUCCUUAUUCCCGCGAUGGUGGGGUGGGGGUGGAGGCAGAUCUAGGGUUUGAAUUCAGAGGCCUCAGAUACAAGGAAGGACAAGGAAGAGGUUUCAGAGGUAACUGAACUAACUGUAUUUGGAGCAAGAAGAGGUGCAAAAGCACUAUGGGCACUUUCCAUUUUAUUUUAAUACCAAGAAAUUCUGGAAAUUUCAGUUGGGAUGUUAAUGGCACACACAUUUUGUGGGCGUUCCACUGGAAAAUUCCCGGCAAUAAAAGGACUUUUGAAAAGGUAGUCCCAUUUUCCUGCUGGAACUUUCGGGUGGAAAUGCAUGUUCCAUUCAUGAGUUUUCUGGCAUGUAAUCACCUGUUCCCGGCUAUUCACAGCGAUAACUGUGCCACCAUCUUGAAUUUGGUGACAAGAGCAUAAACGGCUGGAACUUGAGUGAAAUGGAACAUGUUAUUCACUCUGUGUAAAGCCCCUCCUCCCCUCAGAAAAAUCGGAAAGGAGCUCCUUUCCGAUUUUUUUGAGGGGAGGGGUGGCUGUACACAGGCUAUUAUUCCUUUCCAUGGAAGUUUCUCAAAGUUUUUGGUAAAUGGAAAACGCCCUAGAUCUGCCCCUAUUUCUGUGAUAAAUUAUAAGCCUUUGGAGGUUUAUUCACUGUUUGGGACUUCAAAGUUCUUCUUGUGAAUUCAGUUACACAUUAGUGUCAAUUGAUUGAUCUGAGAAAUCUUAAAGGACAACACACACAAAGGGAGAUUGAUUUGCCACUUCCUUUCUUUCUUCUUUUUAUUUACAGGCAAUGCAAAGAGGUUGCACUCACAUGGUUUGUUCAUCAGGUAUAACUUUUGUAUAUAUAGGUCAAAUUUGAUUUCAGGUAAAAAUUUCUUAACUUAGGUUGAUUCUCAAGUUUUCUUUGUCUCCUGGGGCAAGCUAAGGAAACAAGGGAAAUUGAGAAUCAAUCUAGCUUGAACCAAAACUAACCAAAAAUCAUAUAAUAUUUGACCCAUCUAAUGUAUCCAUAACACUUCUACUGCAUAAGGUUUCCCCAAGUGGAAAAGCUUGAUUCUUGAUUAGUCCAGUUGAAAAGGUUGCAGACCAGUAAGGCUUGGUUGGUACAGGCAUUCAAACAGUGCCCUAAUUAGCUCACCAUUCUUAAAACAGUUCCACAAUAUUUAUUUAUCUUUCCAUUAAAAAAGAUAUUGAGUUAAGGGAGGAAUACUGGUAUCUGCCUGUUGUUCUGAGUUCAGUGUUAAAACUGUUUAGUUUGGGAUAGGAUUAAAAAAGUAUCAGCAAGUUCUGGUCUAUAGAAGUAUGUCAUUGUAUACUGGGAAAGAUAAGUAGGUAUCUUAAUAAAACGUAGAAUAGGCAUUGAAGUGUUUUUCCAUAAAGUUCCAUCCUGCACAUAAGAUGAUGCACUACCACUGAAAUAUUUGGAUUACCACCAUAGGGAAAUGUCAUGCUGACGACCAUGUGGUUUCAAAAAGUUCAACUUCGAUCAAAAAUGCUAAAUGGAGUUUCAGAAACUGUUUUGUCCUCUGUUUCACUGUAGGAGGUAAUGCUGGGCUAGCAGCAGCUUAUUCAGCAAGGAAGCUCAAAAUCCCAUGCACCAUAGUGGUACCUGGAACAACACCAAUGUUUAUGGUGGAAAGACUGCGAGAAGAAGGGGCCACAGUUGAAAUAUGUGGUGAUGUGAGUUGUUUGUUUUUCACGUGAUAAGUAGAUUGGGGGGGCACGAAGGAGUGGAUCCAGGUGAGGUGGAUUGGGUGGGUUGGCUAGUCACUUCCCCCCUUUUGGGCCAGCUAGCAUGUUUUUUUGGAACAAUUUUUUUGCACGUUAUUCCUGUGUUGUGGGUAAUGCCAUGUACUGCCAGCGAGAGUACACAAUUUUGGGGUAGUCAUUUUGUUGGGUUUUGAAUUUUGCAGUGGUACAGGUUCCUAUGAAUCCUUUGGGGAUAUGAAAACCCAGAUAAGCCCUUGGGUACUGACAAAUGGGUCCACUGUUAUACAUUCCCAACUUCUUCAUACUUUUCAUUGUUUUCUGGCUUUUACACUGAUAGAUACAUUUUUUAAUAUUGUCAUAGUCUUGGGAUGAUGCUGAUGCCCUGGCGGUGAAGCUUGCUAAACAACCAGGUAAUUUGAAGUUUCUGCUCCUGUUAUUGUUAUCAAAAAAUCAAAAAUUGAUAACUGCUACUGACUACAUAUAGUUAUGAAGUUGGAACCAUUUCUUUUACGUUACUUAGCUGCAGCUGUGGUGUUUUUCUUUUCAGGCUAUGCUUAUAUUCCACCCUUUAAUCACCCUGAUGUCUGGUAUGUCAUGGUUUUUAAUGACUGGUAGAGUUUUUGGUAAAGGUUAUAGUCACUAGCGUUCUGUGUUUUACUUAGAGUUUUCAAACUAAUAUUGCCUCGCUCAGCUAUCUUACCACCACUAUGGAAUUUUUGUGAUAUGUCCCGUAGCAGCAGUGAACAAUGGAAGGUGGCUGUAUCUGUGGGCUAGGCUAGAGUUAACCUUAGAGUGGUUUUCGAUUCAUUUGAUAAAUCAUGGAUCAAACUCCAUUUCCUCAUGGGUUUUACUUUUAUCAGCUCUUUGCUUUUCAUUUGCUUUAAAAAUUUUCACCUCUACUCAAACAAGUUGUGAGUCAUUUUCUUUUAUUCCUUGUUCCAUUUGUGUACGAAUAGCUUUUUUCUAAUGGCUUUAUAAAAAAUUAAUGUCAUUGAAUGACUACUCUUAUAUUUAUUCAAAUGAAGCCUUUGCCUAUCUUGGACAUUCUCUCUUCAGGGAGGGUGUGGCAACUGUCAUUCAUGAAUCAGCAGAACAGCUACCUGAGAAGCCAAGUGUGGUCGUGGUUUCUGUUGGGGGUGGUGGACUUAUGUCUGGUGUACUACAAGGCAUGCAUGAUGUUGGAUGGGCUGAUGUCCCCCUUAUUGCCAUGGAAACCAAAGGUGCAGAUAGUUUUGAUGCAGCUGUUCAGGCAGGGGAACUUGUUACCUUAGAUGCCAUCACAAGGUUUGUUUGAAAACCGUCUAAAAGGAAUAUGUUUUUAAAGUAACUUUCACUUAGUAUUGCGCGUGUAACACUUAUGUCAUGACAGAUUUUCACUAGUGGUACCAAAAGCAUUGUACAGUAGAAUAAAACUUUCCUACUUGUUUGUUUUUAACUAGGCCAAUUAUUAUAAAGGAAAAUCUUUUGGCAUAUCCUUGUUAUAGCUAGAGGUGAGCUGGUCUAGUGGCCUUAAGCUGGGAUACCGGUGUGGCAGGCAUUGACAGGGGUGGGAAAGGAACUUAGGGAAAAGAGAGGGCGGAUUGGUGAUUUUCUUGGGGGCGUUUCGGGGACGUAAGCAAACCAACCACGCGAAUAUCAGGGGCGCGAACCACUUGGUACAUGCUUAAAAAGCAGAGUAGAUUUAAUAUCUGAUCGCUCUAUUUUGUUAUCUGUACCCAUUGCCAGAUUAGCCCAGACGUGACUGAUGUAACAGAAGUCACAGAAUUGUGUUUCAAAGUAAAUUAGUCAUUACAAAAUGUCCUGUUCUUCUUUUUAACAGCGUGGCAAAAUGCCUUGGUGCAAGGACAGUGGCCGCUAAAGCGUUGGAAUGGACUCAGGAUCACAAAAUUAUUAAUCACGUGUGCAGUGACCAGGAAGCUGUGUUAGCUUGCGAACGAUUUGCAGGUAAAAAGGGUGUUGUUGUAUGGUGCAUAAGUGGCUAACUUACUGCUUUGAUGAAAACUUCAACCUUCCUUACGAACGCAGUCAAUCUCCCCGCCAAAAGCCGGAAAUUUCGCCAGGAGCGGGCUGAGACUUUUUCGGAAAAAACCGUUAAGCCUUAAAAAAUUCGAUGGACUUAGAGGUUGUGCGUCAAGCUGAUAACGGGAUCGUCAAAAAAGAAAACGCACCUUCUUAAGGUUUCAAAAUGUGAUGAAUAGUAAUACCAGCAAAAUGCGCAUCGUAUAAAGAAGCGAAGCGAAGUGAACUUGUCUUGCAAAGUGACUGGGGGACAUUUUCCAAGUGUGAUCCUCGGCACGAAUUUGUUUUCGGCCAUGAUUAGCUCUCAAAAGACACUUAAAAAUGGAAGGCAGACAGCUGAGGCCCUGUACGUGGUGGUAGAAUACUGGUAAGGCAAGUUAAAAUUCACACAUCAAAAGAUACAGUUUGUCUUGUUUUCGUCAAUUCAAGCAAAGUUAGCGUCGAGGAAACCUCCCCGUACAGUUUUUUAAACACAAAAUAUGCGUAUGAAACGGGGAACGUUCUUUUUGCGAGGUUAUUUUCGUAGUUCCAGUAUGCAUGAAUGUUUUUAGGUUUUUGACUCCACCCUUGCAUCACUUUUCUAACGGUCCGUCCCCUAAGUAUGUGGCAUCGUAUAAAUUCGACCAGGAAUCUCACAGAUGUAUAGUUCAGAAGCUUUCAGAAUUCAUGAGAAUUUGGCAACAAUAGACCUCUAAGAGGCCUUCAACAGUUCAAUGCCGUACUUGGAUAACCGACGGGUAGCCCCCCCCCUUUUAUGCCAAAUGGAUAUUAAGGCGCGCGAAGUGUCGCUGAUUCCCCGAGAAGACGUGACGUUCGAGAGAAGAGCGGAGUUGUCUCCUCACGUCACCACUUGCGUCGGGUUUAGCCGCCAUUUUCUUUGUUGGCUGGAAAAAUUAAGGUGUGAUUUCCAAAGCCCACAAAAUUGCAAUUUUUUAUGCAAAAAGUAAAAGCUUUUUUCCAGGCCAGAAAAACUUGUUUUUUUGGAUAAAAAGCGCCUGUCUUAUGAGCUUCGUAAGGAGUAGCGAAAGCUAACUUAAAGUUUUCUCGCGAGUGUUAUAAUUCACUCUGCCUCAGAGCUAACGUUCGGUCCUCCGACGGUCUCAUGAAUCUCUUUCUAUUAGCCAAACUUUCUCUCAGUCAAGCCAAGUUAGUUAAUUGUAUCUAUGUUUUUAUUAAAUGUUAGUGUCAUCAUACAUAAACCUCAAGUUUUUUUUCGUUUUCAGACGACCACCGCAUGCUUGUUGAACCGGCGUGCGGUGCAUCGCUUGCCUGUGUGUAUGAACGUCUUUUCAAGGUCUGGCAGGAGCAAGGAAAGCUUGGGGAAUUAAAAUCAGCUCUCGUGAUAGUCUGCGGCGGAAAUAUUGUCUCUUUGAAUGCGCUGAAGGAAUGGAAAGAGAAACUUGGACUUAGUUAACUUUGUCAGUUCAUUGUAUAUAAUCCGAAACCUGAGUCUUGGGAAAAACUCAGAAAUAAUUUAGAAACUCUGUAGGUUAUUAAUUAUAAUCUUCGAUUUUUAUGAUGUUUUACUUCGGGUCAACUUUCGGGGUCGUUGCUCAUUUUUUCGCGCAGUGACAGUCCCAGAAGUCUUUGCGAACGUAAAGUCGCCCUUUCUAAACUGGCAAAUUGACUUCGGAAAUGACUAGUUGAAAUAGGGUUGACGUUGUAUUAGCGGGACGGGUAAUCUUUAUUUAUGCAAAGCAACUGUUAUAGUAACUAAUGCUGGUAUCCAUGGGCUAUC